UCCCCCGGUGACGCCACAGCCUCGUUCCUCCACUCCCGCUCCGGUGAAGGAGCAGAGUUACAAGGCGGAACGCGGGGGACUGCGGAGCGCGGAUUGUAGGGGACCAACAGGCCGCUGCUUCUCCGGACCUGCAGUUCGAUCACCCAAAGCGAGGACCGCCAAGGGGUGGCGGGGCGGUAGCGGGGAGCUGGGCCGUGCUGGUUAAAGAACCUGAGUGGGGGCGGAGAGUUUCGCCGGAACCUGUGGCGAGGCGCUUGGAGGCGGGGGGACGCCUUUGCGGGUAGCAGAACGCGGAAGCGGCUUGGUGCGGAGCGGCUGAGGGCGCCCGGCUAAGCGCGGCGUCUCCGCGGAGCGCAGUGGGGCCGCCUCUCCCCCCAGCACCGCCGCCGCCAUGUCCUCCGAUUUCGAGAGCUACGAGCAGGACUUCGCGGUGCUGACGGCCGAGAUCACGGGCAAGAUCGGGAAGGUGCCUAAGCUGGUAGGAGAUGACAAGAAGCAGAUGGUUGCAAAUGUUGAGAAACAGCUCGAAGAAGCAAGGGAACUGCUUGAGCAGAUGGAACUUGAAGUUCGAGAGAUCCCACCUCAAAGCCGAGGAAUGUACAGCAGUCGAAUGAGAAGCUACAAACAAGAAAUGGGAAAACUUGAAGCCGAUUUCAAAAGGUCACGGAUCGCCUACAGUGAUGAGGUGCGGAAUGAGCUCCUAGGGGAUGACGGGAAUUCCUCAGAGAACCAGUUGAUAAAAUUACGUGAAGAGAGGGCACAUCUGCUCGAUAACACAGAGAGGCUGGAAAGGUCAUCUCGGAGACUAGAGGCUGGAUACCAAAUAGCAGUGGAAACCGAGCAGAUUGGACAGGAAAUGCUGGAAAACCUCAGCCAUGACAGAGAGAAGAUCCAGCGUGCUCGGGAAAGGCUUAGAGAAACAGAUGCAAACCUGGGGAAGAGUUCCAGGAUUUUGACGGGAAUGUUGCGAAGGUAAGGCCAAGGAUCAUCCAAAACCGGAUUUUGAUCGUUGUUCUGGCAGUCAUCAUCAUCUUCACCACCAUGAUGGCUAUUUAUUUUUCUGUCAGGGGACGCUGAUAUCUUUGUUCUUCACUAAACAGCAACAAACUGCUUGUUCUGAGUAAUUAAGACAAAGUGGUCACAUGAAUCAUUCUCUUGCACUGACAGAGUAUCCCUCUCUUUUCCACUAUUCAACUCAGGUGCAAGUGGUGUAAAAUAUUUUGUAUUAUUGAUGGCAUAGUUGAUGGCAUGUGGGGUUGAUUAUUUUUUUCUGAAAUUUUUUGUCUUUAUAUGAGUGUUUUCAGAAUCUUAAUAUUUGUUGAGGUGUGGGCUUGUUCCACUAUAAAAAGACUUAACGUGUGUCGAAUUCUACCCCAGACAAUUAGCCUGUGAGUUGCCAGAGUUUAGCGAGGGAAGAGGGGUCUUUGCACUUUUCUUGUGCUAUGCAGGGUGUAUGAAUAUCAAGCAGUAUCUGACCUUCUGUGAUAUAGAAUAUAAGUAAAGCAGAGACCAAAUGAUGUAGAAAGUGAACCUGUCUCCUGUGACUAACUCCCGAACAUGAAUUAGCCUAAUAGACAUAACCUGGUUAAGACCAGUAGUUAGUUUUAAAAAGAGAGCAACAUUAGGACGAUGUUUAAUAUCUGAUGUGAAUCCAACACUCUAUUUAACUUUUUUUUUUUAAAAAAGUUAGGCUUUCUUUUCUGCUUAUUCAAAACAAUUCCACUUUCAUCAAGAUCAUGAUAAUACAUCAUUUGCCCAAAAUGUAGUUGUGACCACAGCCCAUCUGUUGGAUCUGUUUUAAAUCUUCCAAUGUUCUUAUAUGUACUGAUAAGUAUACACACUAGACCCUUACUGAAGAUGUAUAAAGAUACUUAUCUAUUCAUUGCUGAUUGAAAAAAGACCCUAAGUAAUAGUUCAGUGACAAAUACGUGACUACAGUGCAUUAAACAAAAAAUCUGGAUUUUUAAUAUUGGCCUGACUAUGUUGAGACUGCAUGUUGGAAAUAUUUUUAGUGUAUUAAAUUCUGAUGUGAUGUUCCCCUUUUUAAACAGAAACUGUAAAAAAUGCUAAUUUAUACAUGCUUUGAACUGAUAUAAUAUAUCAUAGUUUCAUCUA